UCCACAUCAGGUACAAGAGCAGCAGAAGAAGCAGUCUGAGAACAAGGAUUCCUGCAUGCUGGUUUAAUCUCUGACUUCCUCAUCAUGGUUUCUCAGAUUCUGCUGGUGUUCAUAUCAGUCCUGGCACUGAACAUUACAACAACAACAGCAACAACAACAACAACUGCAAAGCCAUUGACAGACCCUUGCUAUAACUACACUGUGCUGGACGAUCCAUGGAGAUCCACAGACAAUCCCUCUCAACAAAUUACUGACGCUCCUGCCAGCUGGAACGGCUGGUACCGUCUCUUCAUUCAGGGUCAGAGCGCUCAGAUGCCAGACACAUGUGUUCCUCAGUAUAGGUGUGGCACUAACGCCCCAAUCUGGCUGAGCGAAGGACAUCCAAGACUUGAGGAUGGAGUGGUCACUAAAGACGUCUGCGUUCACUGGGGCUCAACCUGCUGCUUUACAGAUCUAAAUCCCAUUAAAAUCAAAGCCUGUCCAGGCAAUUACUACGUCUAUGAGUUUGUGAAAACAGCUCCCGGUAUUUUGGCAUACUGUGCAGAAGUUAGGAACCUCAAUAAUGCUACUGUCACUCCAAACACAACCUUGGCUGCACCAGGAAUAUUCUACCCAUUCGGCUCAGCAGCAGGAGACACGAGAAACACUGCUGUUGAUGAUGGAAGCUCCUCAGUUAUUCCACUGUUGAGUCCAUUUCUGUUCUUUGGCCGCAGAUACCAGCAGAUUUAUGUGAAUAAUAACGGACACCUCACAUUCAACCAGUCUUCAUCACAGUUUGUUCCCUUCUCCUUUCCUGCUUAUGGAGGCCAAGAUAUAAUUGCUGGUCUCUGGACCGACCUUGACAACCGUGCGAGAGGUGUGGUUUCAUAUCAUCAGUACACUAAUGGAAGUGUUCUCACACGCGCCACUCAGGAUAUAAACAAUCAUUUCCCAAAUCUGACCUUCAACGCUUCUUGGGUCUUUGUUGCAACGUGGGAUAAAGCUGCUUACUAUCCUGUUACUAACACAGAAACAUCAUUUCAAGUGGUUUUAAUUUCAGGCAGUAAUUUUUCAUUUAUUCUGAUGAAUUAUGGUGACAUCGCUGUAACAGGACAUUCAGUGGAGGCUGGUUAUGACACAGUAAACUCCACACAUUACUUUGUGAUUCCUGGAUCAAACAACGGGAGCUUCAUCUCAAACCUCAAGAACUCCAGUAAUGUCAAUGUUCCCGGUCGAUGGGCCUUCAUGGUGAAUAGUGGAACAACACGCAACAAACCUAAAGACAACGUCAUUGGACUUCAAGUGAGACUUUCCUCAUUUUCAGAUGUAACACAGAAUGGAAACAUUGAGAUUGUUUUACAGCAAAUAAAACAGGAGCUGGUCAAGAAUGGUCUGCCAAGCAGCAUAGUGCUGAAGUUAAGAAAAGUGCAAAAGAUAACGCCAUAAAUUCAAUCUCCUUCAG